AUGCUGGCUGGCGAAGGGGUCAAGGCAAUCGCAGUGAUGUGGGUAAUGGCUAUUAUCUCCUUCAUUCUCGUCCCCUUACGGCUGUACACGAGGAUCUUUAUCGUCAAAGCUCUGGGGUUGGAUGACCAUGUCUUCAAUUUGGGCUGGGUGUUUCUCCUCUUAUAUACGAUAUUCACCACCAUAGCCGGACAUCACGGGUUCGGACAGCCAAUUACUAGCCUCUCCAUGGAUGAAGCCGUCCAGGCUGUGUACAUGGAAAUGAUCGGUCAGACGUUCGCCGUGCUGGGGAUGGCCAUUGCGAAGCUUUCACUGGGUAUAUUCCUUUUGCGGAUCGUGGUGAAACGAUGGCAUCGCGUCUCGAUUUGGAUCUCGAUGGUCAGUCUAUCAGUUGUUUCGGUGAUGACGGCGAUUAUCUUCUGGACCCAACGCCUUCCCUCUAGGGCAAUCUAUGAUCCUCGGGUGCCUGGCCGAACUAUUGUCAGCGUUACCCCAUUCUCGGUGCUUCUUGGUUCAUGGUGUGCGGCGGUCGACUUUUACUUCGCCAUUCUGCCAUGGAUAUUCAUUUGGGAACUCAACAUGCGGUUCAAGGAGAAGAUGACCAUCGCUAUUAGUCUAAGCUUGGGAUUCAUCGCCGGUAUCUGCGGGAUCAUUCGCACCAUAGAGCUUGGCGGAUUGUCGAGUGCUAACUACACGGAGGACACAGUUCCGCUCAUUAUCUGGUCCGCGGUCGAGCUUGCCGUGACCCUUAUCUGCGUCGGCAUUCCCACGGUCCGUCCCCUUUACCGGUACAUUGUCCACGGAUCCAGUGUCAAAGAGUCCCAUGAAGCCUACAAAAGGCAAGAUGAAAGUGGCAGUGGCAGUGGCAGUGGAAGCCGUAACAAACCGACUUUUGCGAUGCCCAUGCGGAACUUCGCUCGGGCGGGUCGAAAGGACGAAUUGCUGACCACUACAACGACCACUGUCGACGUGCCCGAUGCGAACGACAGCGGACCCGAUUGGAAUAGUCGAUCUUAUGUGACGGGCCCCGGGCAGAAUGACGAAGAAUCACUCGUGGCCACUAUUGAGGAAGAAAAUUCUCGGUACAUGGAUCAAAUAUGUGUGCGGCAGGAAGUGCAUGUAGAGAGAAAUUAA